AUGAAAUUAAAAAAAAAAGAUAUUUCAUCUCCAGAAGCUUUUCAACAUCGAAUACAUGCUGAGUAUGAUAAAAAUACGUGUACUUUCAAAGGACUACCUAAGCAAUGGGAAGCUAUUCUUGGUAUGAAUACAUAUAUAGGUAAAUCACGACCAAAACCAAUAGAUCCUUCUAAAUUUACACCACUUCAAAUGGCACAAUAUAAAAAAAUUGUUAGAGGAACAACUGGUAUAGGUUAUGGUAGUCGACCAGAAAGUACAAUGUCAAGAUGGAAUGCUUCUGAUAUGUUUAAUAGUGAUAUAUCAACAAAUUUUUCAACCUGUUCAACACCACUAUCGAUUGUCCAACAACCAAGUAUCUCUAUCUCUUCAUAUCCUUCUACACCACCAACAUAUUCAAAAAUAAAAAAAUCAGAUUCUUUUAAGAUAACAUCAAUAGUAAAUAGUGUUGAAAGUAAUUUUGAUUUGAAAGAUGAUAGACAAAAAAUUAUAUUAGAAAAAUAUCCCACUUCAAAAGGUAAUUUUAAUUAUAUUGAAGAAGAAGGUGAAAAAAAUAUUUGUAAUAAUAAGAAAGAUGAAAUUGAAAUAAUUAAAAAAGAUAUUAGUAAAGUACAAAAUGAAUCACAGGGAUUAUCAGAUGAAAAAUUUAGGAUGGCAUUACAAUGUGUUGUUGAUUGUGGUGAUCCAAGACCUAAUCUUAAGGGUUCUGUUAAAAUAGGUGAAGGAUCAACAUCCUUGGUUAUCCGUGCCACACUAACCACUACUAAUACUUCUGUUGCCGUUAAAAGAAUGAAACUUAAAGGACAACAAAGAAGAGAAUUAUUAUUUAAUGAAGUUGUACUUAUGAAAGAUUUAAAACAUCCAAAUAUUGUUUCAAUGCAUAAUAGUUAUCUUGUUGAUGAUGAAUUAUGGGUUAUUAUGGAGUAUAUGGAUAAAGGACCAUUAACUGAUAUUGUAACAGAAAUGAGAAUUGAAGAAUCUGUAAUUGCUUAUAUAACAUAUCAAACAUUAUUAGGUUUAGAAUAUCUUCACCAACAUAAUAUUAUUCAUAGGGAUAUUAAAAGUGAUUCAAUUUUAUUUUCUAAAGAUGGUAUGGUAAAAAUAUCAGAUUUUGGUUUUUGUGCUCAUCUAACAAAUGACAAACCAAAAAGGAGAAGUUUAGUUGGUACACCAUAUUGGAUGGCACCAGAAGUUAUAAAAAGAUCUUCCUAUGACACAUCAGCAGACAUAUGGUCAUUGGGUAUUAUGAUAAUUGAAAUGGUAAUGGGUGAACCACCACAUUUUCAUGAAGAUACUAUAAAAGCAUUAAAAAAAAUACUUGAAUGUGAUGAACCAACAUUUCCAAGUAAUGUAGAUGUAUCAGAAGAUUUAAGAGAUUUUGUCUCUAAAUGUUGUGUCAAAAAAAGUUAUUUACGGUUACCGGCAUCAAAAUUACUAGAACAUUCAUUUUUGAAAAAACGUUGUGAUAGUCAAUAUAUUAUUAAUUUGUUAAAUAAACUUUCUCUUGAGAAAAAUGAAUCACAAAAAAAAUAA